AUGUACGCCCGUGACCCCUACACAUUCGCCAAUGCCUCGCACGUCCCCACCGACGUCCUCCGACUGAUCACGACGAUCCUCAAAUCCUGGGACCAGGCCACGACAGACUACAAAUAUACCACUGUCUUUCACCCUCAUGGGAUCCUGCAUGUGGCCCCUGAGCCGGCUGUUGGCGAAGCAGCGAUGAAAAGACUGCACGACGACAUGGUCCACCCAAUCAACGGGCCCAUCGUGGCGUUACAACACUACCUUGACCGUGUCUUUAUGCUGGCCGGCCCCCCAGAGGGAGAGAAGACGGAGUUCGUGUCCACUGGGAAACUGACCAGUGUGUUAAAAUCUGGAGAGGAGGUCACUUCGGAUUACGCCACUUGGAUCGUGGCUUCUCCCGACGCUUCGGGGGAGCUGAAGGUGGAAUUGCUGAGGGUUUUCUCCGACACGAGCGAGUUGAUGAAGAAGAUUGGCGCAAUGAUGGCGGCAAAGAGCUAG